AUGAUGAGGUCGUCGGGGUAUUGCGGAAGAUAUGACGGCUGCGGAGGACAUGACGGCGGUGCCAGAGAAUUUGAAGAGUAUUGUGAUGAUGGUGAUGAAGAUAAUGCUGAGUGUAAUGUAUUUCAUGUUAAUGAUGAUGAUGGUGAUGACCUUCAUGAGGAAGAUGGUGAUAAUGUUGUUAAUGAUGAUGAUGAUAAUGAAGAUGAUGAUGUUGUUAAUGAAUUUCCUGUUAAUGAGGAAGAUGAUGAGUAUGAGGAUUGUAAUGGGGAUGAUAUUGUUGGGCUAAUUAAUGAGGAUUGUAAUGGGGAUGAUACUGUUGGGCUAAUUAAUGAGGAUUAUAUUUAUGAGGAACCUUAUCGGACUCCGACGAAGAAGAUUGUGAAAACAGGUUUUAGGGAUGAAGAAGAAAUUGCUCCUCCAGAGAAAAACAUGCGAUUUACUACAUAUAAAUAA